AUGGUGAGAGUAUAUUCAUUAGCGAUCCUAUAUAAGGGGGUGAAUAGUGCUACAACACUGAAGGCUGCAUAUGACCUGCAAAGUUUUAGUUUCUUCCAAAGGACCUCCGUCCAAGAGUUCAUGAGUUUUGUCAGCAAAACUAUGGUUGAAAGGACACAGCCUGCCUCUAGACAGUCAGUAAAAGAAGGUGAGUAUAUGGUGCAAGUGUAUGUUAGAGCUGACAAUUUAGCAGGAAUAUUGAUAUCCGAUCACGAGUACCCAAACAGGGUUGCUCACACUUUAAUCACAAAAUUACUUGAUGAAUUCUCGGCUAAAGUGCCAGCUGAUACAUGGGCAACGGCAAAUGAAACUACAGUAGAUUUUCCAGUUCUACCGCAAUAUUUAGCAAAAUAUCAAAAUCCAAGGGAAGCAGAUGCUCUUACGAAAAUACAGAAUGAUUUGGAUGAGACCAAAAUCAUUCUUCAUGAUACAAUUAAAGCUGUUUUAGAGAGAGGAGAAAAACUGGAUGAUUUAGUAGCAAAGUCUGAUGAUCUUUCCAUGCAUAGUAAGGCAUUUUACAAGACAGCCCGCAAAACAAAUAGUUGCUGUAACUUUUGA